CUGGGAGAGAGUCCUGACUAACAGGUGGUCUAACACUAGGAAAUACACAUCACCCUCAUUAUCAACACACCUGCUGCGUCUAAUGUGGGUCCAGUAAAGGAUAUCUGUUCAUCGUUCUCUGGAAUAGCUUGGGGGGUCAUGAAACUGAAUCCACAUCAAGCUCCGUUAUAUGGUAAGCUUGUGAUAACAGUACAGCUAUGUGAUGAAGAGCAGACUGAGGAUGAGGAGGGUGAGGAGUACUUCCUGUUGUUCUCUGGCUCCUCCCAGAGUCACCUGACCAGUGCCUUGUGGAGCGGCCAUGACACUCUGCACACCCUCUGUCCCGCCCAUGACUGCUGUGAGGCGGUGCAGGUCACCCUGUGCAGGGCCCGACCCGGCCACCUCCCGGCCGGUGAAUCCCCGGUGUCUGUGGUGGCGGUGGCGGAGCAGAGGUUCAACUUCGUCCAGGACCUGGCCUUCGACAUGGCCCAGUUUCUGGUGAGCACUGCAGGGAGACCAGACGGCCUUGAGGGGGCGCUGUUACUCGAUGAGUGUCAGAUCCCUCUGGAGGAAUGUGAGAGACUGGAUGAAAGUCUGUCCCUGGCACUGAGACACCUGGACCUGCCUGAUGGGUGGAACCUACUGGGGACACACCUCAGGAACAUCACUGAGCCCCAGGAGACUUUGGUCCACUUUGCAGCACGGCGGGGUCUUAAGAGGGUAGCUGUGUGGCUCCUAUUGCAACCAGGGGCCCCUGAAGCCCUCAGACUGACCAACAGACAGGGGGCCACACCUGCAAGCAUCGCUCAGCAGCGGAGCCACCGAGACCUACACCAGCUCCUCACUAAAGCGGAGACAAAGACUUACAGAGGGACGGUCCAUCCAUCCUCUACCGGCUCCAGGGUGGUGUGUAACCUUCCCAGGCUGAACACCCACACCCUGACAGUGGGCACAGCACCGGGCACAGCCCCCCCUACCCUCCAGAGACUGGUGGAGGAGCUGAGACCCCUGGUCAGGGAACAGCAGAACCAGGGAGGAGAGGAGGAGAGCACAGUAGGAAGUGGGGAGGAGGAGAAAGACACAGAUCCCAGAGAUCCACCUGUCCUCAGUGGAGACACAGCAACAACAGAAGACAUGGGACACACUCAGUCCCUGGAAGACGUGGCCAACUCAGAUCCCUCAGACACAGACCUGAAGGAGUGUCUCCAGGAAGGUAAGAGCUGUGUGGGAAGGGAAGCAGACAGCUGUCAGGAGGGCUGUUACACUGUUCACCCAGAGGGCCAACCUGCAGACUGCUGUCAGGAGGGCUGUUACACUGUUCACCCAGAGGACCAACCUGCAGACUGCUGUCAGGAGGGCUGUUACACUGUUCACCCAGAGGACCAACCUGCAGACUGCUGUCAGGAGGGCUGUUACACUGUUCACCCAGAGGGCCAACCUGCAGACUGCUGUCAGGAGGGCUGUUACACUGUUCACCCAGAGGACCAACCUGCAGACUGCUGUCAGGAGGGCUGUUACACUGUUCACCCAGAGGACCAACCUGCAGACUGCUGUCAGGAGGGCUGUUACACUGUUCACCCAGAGGAACAACCUGCAGACAGUGAAUGGUUAACCACAACAGACUCUAUCCCCACCACUAAGGGUCUGUCAGACUCUGACCCCUCUCCCCUGUCAGACCCUUCUACCCUGGACAGUGGACAGGACAUGCAGGAGGGUACAGCUGACUCUGUGCGAUCAUGUCCUAUAGAGAUAGAGGGCCUCAGUCAGGGUGAACCUCCACUGGAACAAAGUAAGAAAACAGCUUCUGCUAGGGCUGGGGAGGGCUCUGGUGGCUCUGGUGGCUCUGGUGGCUCCACAGAGGAACAGUUUCACCCCUCUGAGAAGGGCAGCCAUGGGGCUCAGGAAACUGGACUCCAUUCUGGGGACUGUGAUGAUAGAGAAAUGGGAGAUGCCUAUGGCCCUGUAGAAAAAUCUAUGGACCAUGCAGCUGAGAUCUCAGCUAUCAGUGGCUCUAUGGACAGUACAGUAACAGCAGUAUUAAACUGUGGAGCGCUGCUGUUCUCAGGAAGUGGGCCUGCUGAUAGAGAAUCUGCUGAUACACCACCAGAACCCCUGUUAGAGCCUGAACCCCUGUUAGAGCCUACACCAACAGAACCCCUGUUAGAGCCUACACCAACAGAACCCCUGUUAGAGCCUACACCAACAGAACCCCUGUUAGAGCCUACACCACCAGAACCCCUGUUAGAGACUACACCACCAGAACCCCUGUUAGAGACUACACCAACAGAACCCCUGUUAGAGCCUGAACCCCUGUUAGAGCCUGAACCACCAGAACCCCUGUUCGAGACUACACCACCAGAACCCCUGUUAGAGCCUGAACCCCUGUUAGAGCCUGAACCCCUGUUAGAGUCUACACCACCAGAACCCCUGUUAGAGCCUAUACCACCAGAACCCCUGUUAGAGCCUACACCACCAGAACCCCUGUUAGAGACUACACCAACAGAACCCCUGUUAGAGACUGAACCCCUGUUAGAGCCCUACACACCAGAACCCCUGUUAGAGCCGACACUAGAGCCCUACAUACCAGAACCCCUAUUAGAGCUGACACUAGAGCCCGCAAUAGAGCAUCACUCAGAGUCCUCAUCAGAGCCUCAGUCAGAGCAGGUGUCCGAGGGGGAACUGCCACUAGAGGGCAGUUACAGACAGGGUGACAGAGAAGGUGAGAGACAGGGUGUCAGACAGGCAAAGCCCAUAGAGGCUGGUGACUCUGGCCUCAGAGCUGAGAUCAUGGAGGGUGUGUUAGGGUCAGAGGUAACAGAGGGGAGAGUGUCUGUACCUGCAGACCUCCAGACAGACCACCAGACAGACUUGCAGGACAGUGAGCCCCCUCCAGAGGACAGGGAUGGGACUAACCCCAUGGAUGGAGACCUCCCGCCCCCAGAAACAGGCUCCAACUCUGGGGGAGCGUCUGGUGGGGCAGGUGGAGAGAAGGAUGGAGAGGUGGGUGGAGAGGGUGUAGAGAUGGAGAUAACGGAGGUCCUACGGAGACCUAGUGAGCCCCCCUCAGUUCUAGGGGAACACAUUGGAGACCCCUCUGACAUGACAGUGAAUCAGGAGUCCUGUGGCACCAGGGCGGAGGAGGGGUCAGGACACUCAGACAGUCAACCUGCUACAGACCAAGCCCUCAACCUCGACCCCUCUGUAACCCUCGACCACUCCGUGACCCUAACCCUGACCCUCGACCCCUCUGUGACGUGGUCAGACUGUGGAGAUGGAGAUGAUGUCACUGCUGUAGUGGUGUCCACAUAUACAGGGGAUGUCCCACCUAACAUUCCAGUGUCACCUGAGAACAUACCUGAGAACCUACCCGAGAACCUACCAGAGAAUUUACCUGAGAACGCACCUGAGAUCCUACCUGAGAUCCUACCUGAGAACCUACCUGAGAACCUACCUGAAAACCUACCUGAGAUUCUACCUGAGAACGCACCUGAGAACCCGCCUGAGAUCCCACCUGAGAUCCAACCUGAGGACAUACCUGAAAACCUACCUGAGAUUCUAUCUGGGAACCUGCAUGAGAUCCUACCUGAGAAUCUACCUGAGAACCGAAGCGAUGCUGUCUGUUCUGCAAGUCACCUUACUGUCCCUGUUGAAGACUGUCAGAGUGUGAGUAGUUUCAGCACUACUCUCCACAAAGACUCAGACAGCGACACUGAGAGCAUCUUCAGCACAGGAGAGGACAGUGUUUUCCACAAGGGGGAUGAUACGGUGAUGGGGGACAGCACCAGUGAGGUGUCUGUAUCCUGUUCCUCCACAGAUGACACGGCCAGCGGGGGUCCGACCAGCUCCAGCCCAGAGAGCUGUGUGGAGGGGGGCCUGGGGGAGAGGGGCUGCAGGGACCACGGCCGCAGCUGGAGCCCUGUAGAGGGCCACACACAAGGGCCCACGGCAAGAGAAGGUCCAGGAGGAGAGGAAGAGGUGAAGGACAGACUGACGGAGGUGCCACGGCGCCCAGCUAAACAUCGUCCCAGCAUCAGGUCUUUGUCCCCGUUCAGACGCCACAGCUGGGGAGCAGGGAAGAACACAGCAGGAAACGGAGACAUGAACCAAUGCAGGGCCACACAAAGUCCCGGGGAAGGAAAGCCAACGUUUCACAGGAGAAGCUACAGCCUGGAGGGUCUGAGUGAAGUAAGUGAUGAUGGGAAGGGCCCGUCGGCCCUGGGCGCCAUUACCCAGGAGGCCAGGCUGCGUGGAGUGGUCUGUCACCAGGGCAGCAACGAGGAGAGGGUCAGGUCUCUAGAAUCUCUGACAGAAGAACACCAAUCUGAGCUGGGGGUUCGCACCACGGAGCACGGACAGCUACAAUACUAA